AUGAUUGUUAGGGAGUACCAUCCGUUCAGCGUCGUUGAAGACCCGGAGUUCAAGACUCUGGUGCAUAUGCUUAAUCCAAGUUAUAAACUCCCCACAAGGAAAACUGUGUCGUCCUCAUUAAUGCAAGCCAUUUACAAUGAAACUGUGAUGACAGUAAAAGCACGUUUAAGCAGAGCAUUUGCUGUAUGUUUGACAAUGGAUGGAUGGACUUCUCGGGCCCAAGACAAUUUCAUUGGUGUCACAGCUCAUUACAUUGCUGAUGAUAACAAUCGCAUGAGUUUAGAGUCGGAUUUGUUGACCUGCGUAUCAUAUUCAGAGCGUCAUACUGCAGAUAAUAUAACAAAAAAACUGCAAGAGGUUUUGCUAGAUUGGGAGUUGAAUAAUAAGGUCACAGCUGUAGUUACUGACAACGCAGCUAAUAUGAAGGCAGCAGUUCGUGGAGGACAGUGGCGGCAUUGGGGAUGUUUUGCGCACACCCUAAAUUUAGUUGCACAGUCGGGCUUAAAAGAAAUGCAAACUAUUCUAGAUAAAGUAAAAGCAAUCGUGCGUUUAUUCAAAAAAAGCUCGCAUGCAUAUUCACAGCUGAAAGGCACCACGGCUCGAAUGCAGCUACCAGUCACAAAAUUGAUUAAUGAUGUUCCCACGCGAUGGAACUCAACGUUCGAUAUGCUAGAACGAAUUCUGAAAAUGAAAGAUGCCGUAAUUGCAACUGUAGCUGUGGUACAGUCAUCUGGGCAAGUGAGAGAUGAAGUACUAACUAAUAUUGAGCUCUUAACAAAUGAAGAACGGCAGGCGGUACAGCAAACUAUGGAAAUAAUGAAAGUCUUUCAAUACAUUACACAUGCCAUCAGCGGCGAAAAAUAUGUCAGUGCCUCGUCAGUAAUAGUAUACGUACGCCAAUUACACAAACAUUUGAACGCUUAUAAAUUUGAUGACUUAACACCAUCUGCACAAAGAUUAGUUCUGAAGCUACUAAAUGAACUAAAUGUGCGAUUCAAAGAUUUAGAGAAAAACGAACUUAUAGCGCAAGCAACUAUUUUAGAUCCGCGUAUAAAAAAUUACGGGUUUAUAAACAAAAAAAAUUAUGAUGAAGCGCUGCAAGCACUUUACAGGAAAGUAGCAAACACUGUUAUUCAAAAUGAAAUUGAUUUUGAGACAAGCACCAAUGAGCAGCAAAAUCAGUCCAGUAAUGUGCAAAGAGAAGAGACGACUUCUUUGCUAACUGAGGGUGAAAAGUUUAUAUGGGAUUCGAUUGAUACCGUGGCUCAAAAUUAUAUACGUCCUAGGUAUGAGUAA